GUGUAAUCAUUUGAGCACUCAUUCAAUAUUUUAAGGUAAUUAGUGCCCUAAGACCUUUCUAACUCUUUUGACCAAUCUGUCUACACUGUACAGUGUGAGAACAGACACAUAAAAUAAAUGGUCGGUUUUGAUGAUAUAUACACAAAAAAGCUAAAUAUCCAGUUCAACUAAUUUUCCUAGUAAACAAAGUGGGUAGAUAACUGCAUAAAGGAGAUUCAAAGAAUAUUUGUAACAGAUACAGUUUCAAAUGUGUUGCUAAAGGUCAUAUUAAGGAAAGGGACACCACAAAUCUUAAAUUCUCUCAAUCUUAUAAAAGAGAGAAAAUGUUUGUUUAAAAAAUAGUGGUAGUAAAGCACAUUCUCUCUUUUAAAUCCAACUUGAUAGAAGUGGGAGAAUUGGUGCACUUUCUUGGCUAAAUUACUAAGAGGGACAAGGGUGGGACAAAGAAAUAAACAGGAGCAAUCAAGGAGUUGUACCAGGAAAAAUAAUGGAGUUGGAAAAUGUCCUAGCUCUUUUACUUGUAUUUUCUUGUUCUUGUUUAACUCUUUUUGCAAGUGAAGAAAAUAUCAAGGUGGGAAAAUCAAUCACUGUUAAUCAAAAAAUGGUUUCAGCUGGUGGAAGUUUUGCCUUAGGCUUCUUCACUCCCGGUAAUUCUACAAAUACUUACCUUGGCAUAUGGUACAAUACUAUCCCUGAAUUAACGGUCAUUUGGACUGCUAAUAGAGAAUCUCCAAUCCCUCAGAACUCUACUGCAGUUUUCACUAUUGGCGAUGACGGGAAUUUAGUGCUUUUUGAUGAGAAGGAUAAACUCAUUUGGUCAUCAAAUGUUUCAUCCACAAGCACAGGGGAAUUAUUAACUUCAAACUCUACUGUGGGAGCACUGUUAGAUACUGGAAAUCUUGUCCUCAUGUAUGGUGAGUCGAAUAUAUUGUGGCAGAGCUUUGAACAUCCUACGGAUACAUUUAUGCCUGAGAUGAAACUCGGUUAUAAUAGAAAAACUGACAAACGAAUCAUGAUCAGUUCGUGGACAAGUAACGAAGAUGCUCGGCCUGGAAAUUUCUCUUUUGGGAUAGACCCUGAAGGGAGUUCACGGUUUUACGUUUUGAAGCACAACAGUAUUUAUUAUAGGUUUGAUGAUAGUAAUGAAUACUCUGGAGGGAAUCUCCUAGGAAUUGCAUGGUAUGUUUCUGUUGUUUCUGGAAAUGAUGGAGUAUUUAUGACUUAUGGUUACACCAAAGGCUUGAUAACAUUAAGGGCCGCUUUGACUCCUAGUGGGUACCUUCAGUUACUGUUAUGGACCCAAUAUGCUAAUAAGUGGAGAGUUUUAAUUCAGGCACCACAAGCUCCUUGUGAACGUUAUGCGCAGUGCGGUCCAUUUGGCAGCUGUGGGGUCAGAUCAUGCAGAUGCUUAACUGGAUUUGACCCAAGAUUCUCGACAGAUUGGGCAAACGGGAAAUGGAAUGGAGGUUGUGUGAGAAAAGUAGCAUUGGGUUGUGAUGGCAGAGACAAGUUCUUGAAACAUCAGAAUAUGAAGUUUCCGGACCAUGCUAUUUCCUUAGGACAUAUUAGCAUUAAGGAGUGUGAUACUCAGUGCAUUAGGAACUGCUCCUGCUCUGCUUAUGGUUAUUCAAAUAGCACAUGUUUAAUUUGGUUUGGAGAUUUGCUGGACCUUUCCCAUAACUAUACUGCCGGCAGAGUUCUCAAUGUUCGGGUUCUUGGCUCUGAGUCAGUUACACAUGAUGGAUCUGGGAAUUCAGCUCACAGAUACAAAAUUUUCAUUGCUACAAUUGUCUCUGCAAUAUCUGCCAUCUUGGUUCUUAUCAGUAUUAUUGCUUUUAUCUUCAAAAGAAAGAACUUGAGAAGACAAGGUUGGAAGAAUGGAACUAAAGCUCUCAUUAGGUCCGUGUCUAGUUUAUAUUCUGCUGAAAAAAGCGAUAUGAAGUUGCUGCAGUACAGCCUGCAGAAAAUAAGAGAGGCUACUAACAACUUCCAUGGAGAAAACAAACUUGGAGAAGGUGGAUUUGGCCCUGUGUUUAAGGGGGUUUUGGCUGAGUUCGGAGACGUAGCCAUCAAAAGACUUUGCAGGAGGUCAUCACAAGGACUGGAGGAGUUCAUGAAUGAAUUGAAGCUAAUUGCAAAACUGCAGCACAAAAAUCUUGUCAGCCUCUUGGGAUGCUGUGUUGAAGGCGAUGAGAAGAUACUAAUCUAUGAGUAUAUGCCCAAUUGCAGCUUGGACAAAUUUCUGUUUGACACUUCUCUAAAAGUUACACUAGAUUGGAGUACACGAUUCAAGAUAAUAGAAGGAAUUGCUCAAGGAAUGCUUUACCUACAUAAAUACUCAAGAUUAAAAGUCAUUCAUAGGGACUUAAAAGUUAGCAACAUUCUGCUAGAUCAGGAGAUGAUCCCUAAAAUAUCAGACUUUGGAAUGGCAAGGAUUUUUGGGACUGAUCAAACACAGGCCAAUACAAACCGAGUUGUUGGUACAUAUGGCUAUAUGUCUCCGGAAUACGUAGUAUAUGGCCAAUUUUCGGAGAAAUCAGAUGUAUUCAGCUUUGGAGUAUUGCUGUUAGAAAUUCUGAGUGGUGAGCGUAACUCAGGUUUUUUCAUGACUGAAGUUUCUGUGUCCCUCUUAGGAUGGGCAUGGAAUAAGUGGAAAGAAGGAAGCAUCUUGGAGUUGAUUGAUCCAUCAAUAAGGGAAACCUGUGACAGUAACAAAGCAACAAGGUCCAUUCUGGUUGCCCUUCUUUGUGUUCAAGAAAUACCAAUUGAUAGGCCAACAAUGUCUGAUAUAGUUGUCAUGUUAAGCAAUGAAACUAUACCCAUCCCUGAACCAAAAGAACCUGCUUUUCGCAGCAGCUGGCAAUCUCAGCAGUUACGUGAUGUAUCCAUAAAUGAGAUGACAAUUACCUUGCCGAAACCUCGAUAAGUGGAUUUGGUUUUCCCUUUUUUGUAGUUAGCAUAGAACCGCCUCAAUUGUGUUUGUAGAUAGAAGAGAUGUUUGAUAUCUCCCUUGAUAGGGGCUCCAGUUUGGGAGAACUUUAGGAUAAACUAAUCUGGAGAGUUUUACUUCAAAAAUCUUUUGGGGUUUUACUUGUACCAGACAAUAAGGUCCUUAACUAUUGGACCUACAAAAGUGUAGGUUCUGGAAGAAAUACAGUUUGAUUAAUGUCAUCUUGUGUUUUUUUUUCUGUUCUUCCACUGUAUCAAAUUUGUGAUCAUCUUGCUUUUAAUGUUCACUUUGCUUUAAUUUUGGUCAAAUUUGUAAUGAAAGAAUUUUGGUUUAUGCAAAGAGCAGUUCCAUGUAGUUGGAGAUUGAACAAAUAACAAAGUUAAGUAACGCUCUAGUUUACAGAGUGAAAAGCUGCUUAAAAGAUAAAAGAAACUUGAUGAUUGCAAAUGUAAAUAUCCU